UUUGACAGGAUCUUCAAGAACCUCGUAUAAAUGCCACUUGACCAGCCAACACAACAUACCCAGAGCAAUAAACAUAGCUUCCAACAACACAAAAGAGAAUAUAAAGAACUUAGUGCUCAUAAAUAAAGAUAUGGCUAGGAAGAGAAAGGUCAGUGAAAGUGUUGAGGACAAGAACUCUAGUGAAGGAACCAUGGCUUGGGAUGAGAUGGUCAAGGAAGCUGCAGCAGCAGCAGCACUAGGAGGAGCUAGGAGAGCUAGAAAGAGAUUUGUUGGUGUUCGACAAAGGCCAUCAGGUAGAUGGGUGGCUGAGAUUAAGGAUACCAUACAAAAAAUAAGGGUGUGGUUAGGCACCUUUGAUACUGCUGAGGAAGCAGCAAGAGCCUAUGAUGAAGCUGCUUGCUUGCUUCGCGGUGCUAAUACAAGAACUAACUUCUGGCCUUGUUCUCCAACUUCUUCAACAACUCCAGCUCUUCCCUCAAAGAUUACUAACCUUCUCCUCCAAAGGCUUAAAGCAAGAAACAACUCUUGUGAUCCUUCCAAAACCUCUCAGCCCCACAAUCUGCAGCAAAAACUAGUGGAGGAAUAUAGAGAACCAGCAACCGAUUUCUCAGACACCCAAUUCACUGAUUUCCUCGACCAUCCAGACGAUUACCCCGUGUGCAACGACGACACCAUUAACACUAAUGCUAGUGCAUUUGAUUGCACGACAAAAAGUCUUGGGCCAUGCUUAACAGAGAAAGAAGAUAGCGGGGGGAAAGAAUGGGACUUCGACUAUAGCUGGAGUGAUGUAGCGCAGUCAUCUAGUGGUGAUGGUAACAACUUGGGAGGUGAAGCAGAAGAAGAUGGAGAGGAAGAGGAAGAAGGGAACGACAUAGGAGCUUUGGAUUUCCAUUUUUUUGAUGAUGUUGGAUCUCCUUUUUACUACUCUCCUUUUGAGAUUGCUGAAGAUAUUGAGGAGCCAGUGGAGCCUGAGUGCUAUGGAGAUGAGCCUUCUAUGCUUAAAGCAGCCAUGAAGAGAAUGAAAUAUGAGAGGAAGUUCUCAGCUUCUCUUUAUGCUUUUAAUGGAAUCCCUGAAUGCUUAAAGUUGAAGCUUGGAUCAGGAAAUGCCAAGGGAAAAGGACGUUCAGAUCAAUUAACCGAACUUCGAAAUGCAUGUAACGGUAGAAAGGAGGGGAAUAGAGCAGAAGAAGAAAGCUUGGAAGUGAUGCAGAAACAGGAUGAUUACUUACAAAGCUCAACGGAAAUGGGAUCUUCUUCCUCUUCUUUGAUUAAUGAUGGUGAAUUGUCACUUUGGAACAAUCUUGAUCUACCGCCAAUCUGCUUCAUAAACUAAUUGACAGAGGAUCUUCCUUUCAUAUGCAUUUCACGCUCCAAUAUAUUAACCAUCCCACAUUCCAUUUUUCACAAUUGCUGAACUUUAGAUUUUUGUUGACAUGUAAUAUUAGCUUUCUAGCCAACAACAGAAAGCACCUUUUAAUCUUGUAUCAAGUUCAGAAGUCAUGAACUGUUGAAGAAAAUUCAGAUGUAUAGAGCUAUGAAGCAUUUGAGGCUUGAUUGAAUCAUUUGGACAGCAAACAAAAAAAGAA